AUGGCGGCGUCGGGGGUUCCCUCGGGUGGAUCGGACGGAACCGAGGGGGAGAAUUUGUCGCCGUCGCCGCCGGAUUCCUCGAGCGGCGGCGGCGGCGGCGGCAACGCUGAUCGUCGUCAAAGCAAGAGGAUCUCCGAGCAGUCGUCAUGGGAGGCGAAGGAUUCGGAGGGAAAGGACUACCUGUACCGGCUGGGGCAGGAGGCCGAUAAUAUGAACAUCGCGGUCGGGGCGAGACAAGGCGUCAUUGACGACCUCUUCGUGGGAAAUUUCCUCGGAAGGGACUGUGAGUCGCUCGACAGCUUCUUUUCCUUCUUGGUUUUAUUCCGGCGAAAUAGUUUAGUUACAAUGAGAGAGUUUAGUCUUCUGGUUUAUUUGGCAGCGGAUAUCGUCUUUGAUUACCGGCAGAAGGCAACGAGGUCGUUUCAAUAUCUCCAGGGAGAUUACUACAUCGCACCAGCAUUUAUGGUCCGUCUGAAAUUUUGUUUCCUUCCGUUGCAACAGUUAUUUCUACCCAUGCCGAUCGCCUUCUGUACAUAGUCUAUAGAUGAAAACUUACUGAGCUUCUAUGAAUAAAUUUUGUUAAUAUUCUGGCAUUUAUUAACACCACCAGACACAAGCAAGCAAUCACGCUAAAGAUGGUAUAGCAUUGUCAGUCUUACAUCUCCUACGAGACUUAAUCAUAGGAGGUUUCUUCACUAGGUGUGUAACGUCAAAGGAUACUUGCCUUCUCAAGUGGGAAAUAAAUUCUUUAGAGUUCAUAAUCAAAGUCAUUCACCAUUUUAUCCGUGCCACUUUCCAUUUUAAUUUGUUGAAAAUUUGUCCUCCAGACAUUUAUAACUGUUAAAUUAUAGUGUUAAAGAAUGAAGGAACAUAAAGUUGUUCAUUUUAACGCCAGGUUGAAAGUGCCUCAGUGGCCUUGUAGAUUUUAGAGUAGUAACGGUUGCAAAUGUGCUCACAAAUAUUCGCAUUCACCACUUGAAGUGCUUGUUUUGAUUUAGUAUUGCUCCUAUUUUUUCAAACCUACUGAUAUUUUUGCUCAGGCUACAGCUAUUAUUGACCAUUUAUGUUCGUAAAUUUAUUUAUAUUCUUAAUUGGUUAUGGCUUUACCCGAUUUCUGGGCAAAGGAGCCUAUGAGAUUGGAACUGGUUAUUAUGCUCGAGUUAAGGCUGAUUAUACUUUGUGCAAUUGACCUCCUUCAUUCUUGUCAUGAGUUACGUCUGUUUACCAAUUAAUGUCGUUACUAAAAAAUAGUCAGCUUUGUCUCAAUAUACAUCCACUGGUGUUUAACAUUUUUUUCUUAUUCUGCAGGAUAAAGUAGGUAAGCUCCAGAUCUUAUGGAAAUGAUAUUAUUUUGCGUAGAUGCUCUGUGAUCAGAAAGAAAUUAUGUUUAUAUUCAAUCAUUCAGCAUAUGCUUCAAGGUUCAUUUCCCUCUUAUAUUAUUUUUUUGAAGACCUUUCGACAAAAACAAAUUUGACCAUGAUUCACUGUGCGUGUGAAAGUGUUCAUUUGAUGGUAAUGGAGACCACUUUCAACAGUCGUCAUAUUGUUUUACGUUAAUAUAAAUUAAUUUUGAAAAUAAUCUGUCUUUUAAAACUCUAAGGGGCUUGUGGUCCAUGUUCUCAGAUGAUUCAUACUUUCCGUUUUGCUUGUGUGCUUGCGUACGUAAUGUUUUCUCUAAUUAUUUGCAUUGAAAUUAUAUUUCACAAUGUUUUAAGUUUAACCAUUGUUGAACGUUAAGAUUUAAUUUUCCAGCACUUGGAUGCUGGUAAAAAUGACCCAGGGACCCUAAGAAAUGUAAAUACUUUCUUAGAAUUCAAGAGAUACCUGUGUGAUUUAGAGACUGUGGCCAAGUCAAUCAAAUCAUUAUGUAGAACCAUGGCAGGGGGAUCGGUGGUGUAUUUAUCUCGUUUUUAAUAUCGUACAUGAAAAGUUUGAGGUUUCAUUUUCCAAAAGUCACAGAAUGCACUAUUUUUCGGAAACGUUGAUAAUAAUCAUGAACUUACUGAAAGGAGAGAAGGGAUGACAUACUUGUGGACCAAGAUUAUCUACUUGUCAAAAAGCAAAGUCAAAAUUAUGACCGAUGUUGAAAACGAUAGUUUUGUCGAUAAAAAUUAUAACUAGUAUAUAUGGUUAAUUUUUUAAUUUCCUGAAAUAACUUUGUGAGUAUAGGCCAUAUAAAUAUACUAUUCAUGCACUGACUUUUCCUUGUACGAUUUGAGUCAGAAAACAGUGUAACUGACGAGGAUAGUACAUGUCACAGUUCAUUUUUUAAUGUCUCAUUUUCUACAACUUUGUUAGAAUCACUUCUAUGUUUCAAUACUACAUGCACUCGAUUGUUUUCUUUGGCAGCAUGCCACAUUGUGAAGAACUACCUUGUAGACCAUCUCGACAUCAAAGUUCCCUUAAUCCUUGGUAAGUCUCGAAAUAUUCUUCAUUUGCUAGAGUUUCUCGCACAUCUUUAUACAACAUGUAAAUUUUCGAAUAAUAUUCAUAUAAUUAAAAUAUAUCUCAUUUAAAUAAAUUAAAUAAUCGUAAAAUAGGCAUACGUCAAUGUGGGAAUCUGAAAUUCAAAUGUAUGGUGCAUAUACCUCAAGGUAUAGAUUUUACAGAACACAUUACAGAUUAUGAAAGUCUAUGAGUAGUAUAAAUAUUUUAAAACGUACCGACAUACACUAGAAAGACAUGGAAAUAUGUGGUUGUCGAACCUCAAGUGGAUCUCUCUUGAUUAUAUUUUGCAGAAAAUAUUUUAUUUUAUUUAUUUAAAUAUCUUAUCUUUUGACUACUUUCAGAUAAUAGUCAGAGCUAAUGGAACCACACAUGCAACUAAGUUUUGGAUUGUCAUUUGUAGGUGUAUGGGGUGGAAAGGGUCAAGGGAAGACCUUUCAGACAGAGCUUAUUUUCCGAGCAAUGGGAGUUGAGCCAAUUAUAAUGUCUUCUGGCGAACUGGAAUCAGAGAAUGCAGGUGGAUGAAACUUUAAUGCUAAGAAAAAAGAGAAAAAGAUUGUAUGAUGAUUACAUCAUGUAUGCAUGCACCAUUCUAUUAUAAUUGUUUAUUCUUAUUGACAUGAAAACAUGAAGAAGAAUAAUGAAAUAUGAACUGACUAGGGAAAGUUGUAUCUAUAAUCCAUGACAUAUCCUAGAGUCAACCUCUCUCAUGAAAAAAAGUUGUGCAUCUGGGAGUUGGGGUCUAAUUAAUAGAUGGUGUUUAUCGACAAAGUCCACCACCCAAAUUGAUUUGAUAGACUUCUAUCUACCGUCUCAAUUUAUUUAGCUAAUAUAGUGAAUUCACUUCUCUAAAGAAUUACAUUACCGAAUUAGAUGCUUCUCUCUAUUAAAAUCUUGAGUAUAACUCUAAAUUGAUUCGAUAGAAUUCUGUUCCUAACGCCAAUUUGUUCAUCGAAUAUCGUGAAUUGAUUAUUCUGAAGAGUUAUAUUAUCAAGUUAGAAGAUUCUCUCUACUAGAUCCUUGUUGGGCUUUGCGUUGUGUUCCAUGCUUGGCCUCCAACAAUUAUUUGUAAAAUCAUGGCCCGACAUGACAUUUUCCUAACUUUUGUUAAGAGAAAAGGCAAAACAUAGGAUUUGAUAUGGUGUAUAGUAUGAUCUGUUCUGUGCAAUUGAGUAUGAUAUAGUAAUUAUUCUAACAGUAGGAUUUUAUUUUUUCAGUUGACACCGUGGGCGUUGUCUUUUUUUAAAAACAAUUUAGAUUUACUAAUGCAUUGGAUAUUUUGUAGAUGAUGGAUUCUGUGCAUCUAUCUGUGCUUUUUGAAUCAAUGAAUCAGACAUUUCUUUCGACUCAACUCACAAGUUAUGUACUCGAGUUGUAAGUUAUAUUUGUUUUCUACGUUGCCUUUUCAGGAGAACCAGGUAGACUCAUACGUCAGCGUUAUAGGACAUCUUCCCAAGUGGUUCAAAACCAAGUUAGAAGCAUUUUGCCUUUUACCAUUGAAAUGUGCGCUUUUUUAAUUGUGAUUUGAAACCCAAAUGGCCUUUGGAUUCUUGCUUACCUUGGAUUUAGCCUCCAUUUAUUUUUUGCAUAUAGUUCAUCUUUCGUACUCGGACUAUCUUAUGUUUGCAUCAUUAUUUUAAGUAUAUUGGUAACUGAGUUUUUAAUAUUGUGGGAUAUUUUCUUCAUUCGAUUUUCAAGAUCUAGAUUGAUUUUACUCAUAGUGGUUGUCAGAUUGAUCUUGAUCUUGUUCAACUGAUCUAGGGUAAAAUGAGCUGCUUGAUGAUCAAUGAUAUUGAUGCUGGCCUGGGAAGAUUCGGUACGAGGUUUUCAUUCAUUGCAGUCUGUUAUAAAUAUUUCAAGAUCUCAAAGUGGAUGAUUUGACAUCCAAGGGGAACUUAUCGUAAUACAAAAUCUUUAUUCCCCGACAAGGAUCACAACUUGAUAAUUGUCUUUUUGGUUAUCAGGAAACACACAAGUGACGGUCAACAACCAGAUAGUGGUUGGAACUCUGAUGAACUUAGCAGAUAAUCCUACAAGAGUGAGCAUCGGGCAGAGGUGGAGAGACUCUGAUGUUACCCAUAGGAUCCCCGUGAUUGUCACGGGGAAUGACCUCACCACGAUCUAUGCUCCUCUGAUUCGUGACGGCAGGAUGGACAAAUUCUAUUGGUGCGUGGUUGGGCUCUUCCUCGUUUUUUUCAACCAGAGAUACGAGUUCUUCCUGCUUUCAUACACGUUAUAACUAUUUUAGAAAUCACUAGGUUUCUUUCUUUCCAACAAGAAACAAAUUAUAAUAAAUGAGGAUCAUUGAAACAAGUUGUGACAUCAGCCCAUCAAAUAAGUUGUUUAAUAUGUUCAUUCUUUUGGGGUAUUAAACCAUCGAUUUAACAGUGACUUUGACAUUUCUUAUGGGCUUUAGCUGAUUUGCAUUACCAAUCACAUUGUGACUCUCUCUCUUCUUCUAUUUUUCUUUUUUUUUCUUUUUUUCUUUUUUUCUUUUUUUUAUAUAUAAAAAAAAUCGCCCAUUUUUCGUUUCCCAAGCACUCAAGCUGAAGCAUAGUCAGGGUUCAGUGUACUCUUUCAAGGAAACAUCCCCAACUUGUUCUUCCUUUAUUUAUUUAUUUUGUUUGGUCGCAGGCAGCCUACCCGUGAAGAUAUCGUAAAUAUCGUCCACAGAAUGUACGAAAAGGAUGGGAUUUCCCGUGGCGGGGUCGAGACCAUUGUCAACUUAUUUCCCAACCAAGGUAGGCCCUUUUCUAGCCCCUGAAUAAUCUACAUAUAUCUGAGGAUUGCAAGGAUGGUGAGCAAUUCUUCAAGAUUUUUCAGGCACCAUGAGACUUUUAUCUCUCGGUCUCAUUUUCCAUGUCUCGAAGACUGACUCUAUAUAUAUAUAUAUAUAUAUAUAUUCUUUUUAAUGGACCAAGAACACAACUUUAUACGAUUAUCUUGAUAUGCACAUCCGCUCACGCUUUCUGAUCUGCAGCGUUGGAUUUCUACGGAGCUCUGAGAUCCCGAACAUACGAUCUAUCAAUACUAAAGGUAUCAAUUCAUGAAUUCAUAAAGGUAUCUGAUCCGCACGAUUUUUCCUAAUUGGUCGUCUGAUGCCGAUCUUCUUGUUGGGUUGUUGUGUUUACUUCGGAAAGUGGAUUGAUGAGAUCGGUGGCUACGAAGACCUCUCCAGGAAGCUUCUCAAGGACUACAAAGCUGGCAAACUUCCGACGUUUAUUCCCCCCGAGGUCAGUACAUGACUCAUAAGUCAGUGGGCCUAAUAAGUCAAGCCCCCUCUCGGCAAGUCAACGCCCAAGUCGGUAGUGAAACUACUGAGUCCCUGUUUCGGACUGGUGAAAAACAGCAAACAGUGGAAGCACUGGUGGAGUCGGGCCAUUCGCUCGUCAAAGAGCAAGAACUGAUCACGAACACCAGACUCUCCAAGGAGUACAUGAAGAACCUGGACGGCUAG